UUAUCUUCAGCCACGCGUGACGGAAAAUGCAUUCUGUCACGUAAAUGUUCGCGUGUUUGUGACACUUCGAUGCCUUUCACACGUGGAGUUCGCAGAGCAAAGCGCGUAGCCAUCAUUUAGACGCGCAUCCUCGACUCUGAGCUCUGUCUGCUCAUGAGCCUUGAAUUUUUUGACCAACUCCUGGCAGAGUUGAGUGACGAAAGUCACCCGUGCACAGUUGAUUUACGGCGAUGCGGCUCGGCUUACCUCGAGUUUCACGCUGCGGCUUGUUCACUGCGUGACAACGUCGACUCAUCUACAUCAAUGAAACCUUUCAUCGAUAGGGCGUAUCGAGAAAUGUCCUCCUUACCGCCAUCCCAGUCCCUUUGUUGGCGAAGGCUAUACACAGACGCCAGCCUCUUCUGCGCUAUAUCAGAAGUUUCUGAUUCGGCACAGGAUGAUGAUGCAGCAGCGACAGAAGCUGUUGCUGCCUUGGAUCGUGCUAUCAUUAUAGCAGGCGCCCCUGGCAGAUUGGACGCUAUCAAUCAACUCAUCAAAGAUAUCCAAGACAAUCAUCUAAUGCUGAAACCACUAAAGUCCUCUUCUAGUCACAAACACCCUCUGACGCAGAUGUACCACUCCAGCGCCUUUUUUCUUAGUGUUCCCUAUAUUCACCCCCCACCAAAUGUAUUCGGGAGGGAGUGGUCACAAAAGCCAUUUGUGCUACAACGUCAUGGUUACGUACAAGGCUGGAAGGCCCUAAGUUCGUGGGCGUCUAUCGACUAUCUCCGUUCCGUGGCGGGCCCUGGUCGUCUUGUGCCUGUCGAAGUUGGGAAAGACUACAGGACUGAGGAAUGGACCCAAAGGCUGAUGACCUGGGACUCUUUUCUAGAGUCCCUCGACUUUCCUGAACACCCAGCUCAACCCCAGAAUGAGGUGUUAUACCUUGCACAGCAUAAUCUCUUGAUGCAAUUUCCGACACUUGAAGGGGACAUUGGUAUUCCCGAAUACGUUUAUGCGUGUCCUGAUCCACCAUCUUGUUAUCCUGCAUACAAACCUCCGGGAAAUGCGGAUGGUCUUGUCAUCAAUGUAUGGCUCGGCCCAAGGGGUACUAUUUCCCCGGCCCAUACUGACCCCUUCUUUAAUUGCUAUGCCCAAGUGGUCGGUCGCAAGACCGUCUGGCUCGCACCGCCUGAUGUUUCCGAUCUGAUGUAUUCAUUCGACACAUCGACAUCUGACACUGCUGAUAAAUCUCACAAUCCGGCGGCCAACGCUACGGAGCCAUCGAUGUGCAACACAUCUCGAGUGGAUGUGUUUCCUGAUUCCGCGGAGGCAGAGCAAGCAUCGCGAGAUGCUUUUCCCAGAUUUUGGAAAGAGGUGCCGCAGAAAGCUAUGUGCGUGACCUUGGCCCCCGGUGAUGUGCUAUUUUUUCCGCCUGGAUGGUGGCAUGCGAUGCGGAGUGAAGAGACCAGUUUCUCUGUUUCGAUGUGGUUUUAGUUGGGGUUUUAGGCAGACUUUAGUGUACGUUGAUGGUGACUACGAGCAAUGCGAAAUUCGGAAAAUGAGAUUUGUGGUUUGUCCGCUGUGGAAGCGUCGGAU